UUGACAGUGUCGUAUAAUUAAUGACACUGUCAAAAUCCGCGGAAACUUUUAAAACACUCAAAGGCAAUGUCUUACUUUCCAUGUUUCAAUGAUGGCAAGAGAACCAUCGAUUUCAUUUUAGUGUACAAAUCGUCCGCACUAAAUUCAGAAAUUAUCACAAAACAUCAUGAGAAUUUUCUGAAAACUUUGGAAACCUUGGGGGUGGAGUUCGAAGCAGCCGAAUUCUCCGUAAAUCCAGACGUAAUCUUUAUAAAAGUCCACCUUACGGACGAAUGUAUCAGCACGUUCGCUCCACUGUUCGACAUUGAUUUGGCUUACAACAGCUUCGCCUACAGACCGUACGUCCCACCACCAAAAAAAUGGCUUUCUACAGCCUUGACCAGACCUAAUCCCAAUGAUCCAGAUUAUGCCAGGGCCCCGGAGACUUUUAGCGGUGAAAUCCCCAAAUCUCCCACUUCCGGGGAGCGUAUAAUGAUCGUCAAGGAAUUGCUUAACCGAUGCGUGUGGGGCGAACGCAGAGGCAACUACGGCAUCGAGAGGCUGAUUAAAGCCGGGGUGUUUAUAGAUGCUUUUCCUUUGCACGAUGGCGACUUUAAGUGGACAGACUCUGGCCCGUUAAACGACCGCCAGAUCUUGGCCCGUUAUUGGGGUUCAGCACAAAACUGGACCAAAGCCCAACCCUUAACCCUGGUUGAAAAGUAUUUCGGAACGGAAUUCGCCCUCUAUUUCGCCUGGUUGGGGAUGUACAUAUCCGCCCUCAUACCAGCGUCGUUCCUAUCUGUUUUCGUAAUUCUUUAUGGGGUGUUAACGAUGUUCACCGAGUUAAACAAUCAAGGGAAUAACAUCUGCAAAAGUGAUAUUAUCAUGUGCCCACGUUGCCAUUUUAAGGAGUGCCCCAUGGAGUUGCUGAGUAAUUCCUGCUACAUCGCAAAGGCGACUUAUUUGUUUGAUAACUGGGUGACCGUCCUGUUUGCUGGGAUUAUGUCUCUAUGGUCCACGAUUUUCAUUGAGUUCUGGCAACGCGAGGAGGCCGUUUUGGGGUUGAAGUGGAACUUGAGAUCCCUAGAGACGGCCGUAACCUUGAGGCCCCAAUUUUUAGAAAAGGCUACCAAAAUGAAGUAUUCACCCGUAACGGAACGGAUGGAGCCCUACAUUCCUAAGAAAAAGUUGGCUGUCAGAUAUAUGUUGACGUUUGUUUCCCUGUUUUUACUGCUGUUGAUAAUGCUGGCGGCCACGUUCGGAGUGAUGAUUUACCGGCUAACGGUGAACGUGGUGCUAAUGAAAACCCACGAACUGGAAGUGCUGAACAACAAAUACAAAACGAUGGUGGCGUCCAUUACCGGAGCCGUCAUAUCUGGCGUUUUCAUUUUUAUUUUUAAAUGGGUUUACGAGAAAAUCGCUAUAGGACUGACGGACAUGGAACACCACCGCUCGCAUCACGCCUACAAUAACGCGUACAUUUUCAAAAGUUACGCGAUGGCGUUCGCCAAUAACUACGCGGCCUUAUUUUAUAUCGCUUUUUUUAAGGGUAAAUUUUAUACUCAUCCGGGCGACCUGGAGAAUUUCAAGUUCGUUGGGGGGAUCAAUACCGAUCAGUGCGAUCCCUCGGGAUGCGUAGUGGACCUGGCGAUCCUUCUUAUCAUCAUUAUGGUGAUGAAAGCGCUUGUGAGCAACGUUUGCCAGGUCGUACUUCCUAAACUGGUGAAGUUUUUCAAAUUUACUGAGAAACGAGUGGCAUCCGAAGCGGAGAUCCCCCAGUGGGAGAACGAGUAUCUUCUGCCGGAAACUGAAGACUUUUUUAUCGUCGGAGAGUAUAUGGACAUGGUGAUCCAGUAUGGAUUCGUUAACUUUUUCGUCAUGGGGUUUCCUUUGGCACCAUUGCUCGCAUUACUCAACAAUUUGGGGGAGAUUAGGGUGGACGCGAGUAAAGUCACCAAGAGUUACAGACGACCAGUUCCAGUUAAAAGCACUGGAUUAGGUGCUUGGUUGGGAAUCCUAACUGCCACCACCUACAUUGGCGUCGUCACUAAUGCGCUCGUAAUAGCCUUCACAAGUAACUUCAUGGACAACGCCAUCUUUACGAUCCUUCACGGAUCUCUGUCACCAGGGCUAUUGAAUAUGACUUUGUCAGUCUAUGACAUGAAAGACUUUCAUUUGACCCGCUCUUCCACAGAAGGGGACAUUAAACAAUGUUAUUAUCAAGGCAAACGCUACCCACCGGAUCAUCCCAAGAGGUAUCAGAGGCGCGACCAUUACUGGCGCGAUCUAGCGAUCAAGUUUGCUUGUGUGGUAAUUUUCGAGCACAUAGUGGUUAUAGUAAAAGGAGUUGUGGCCUACGCUAUACCGGACGUGCCGUUUUCCGUGAGGCAACAGGUGAUGCACGACGAACAGCAAAAGAAAAAGGCGCGAAUAAGGGAUUUGAAUCAGCAGUACAUGAAACGCAGGCGAGCCUCCAUGGAAAACGACGAACAGCGUAGAAAAAGUGUUUUUAAUGAUGCCUCUAACAAUUAAAAGACUCAUGUUUAAGUGUUUUACCGAUAAGGGUUUAAAUAAAUAUUUUUCAGUCUUUAGAA